AUGGCCUCAUCAAAUCAUCGCGGCAUACAGAUUGGUUCCGCCUGGUUUCAGCGUAAGAUCAACCUGCGGCCUCAACACCGCGGUGUCCACCUGGUGACGGAGGAGAUUCUGCGGCAGAUGCCAGAGUUGGGCCAAUUUUCUGUGGGUCUAUGUCACGUUCAAAUAUUACACACCUCCGCUAGUUUAGCAUUGAACGAAAGUUGGGAUCCAGAUGUACGGGAUGACAUGGAAAUGAUGUUGAACAAAAUAGUACCCGAAAAUCUGCCGUAUAGACAUUCCUGCGAAGGCCCAGAUGAUAUGCCCGCUCACGUAAAAGCCUGCUUCCUCGGAAGUUCACUGACAAUCCCAAUCACCGACGGUAAGCUGUCACUCGGCACGUGGCAAGGUGUUUGGUUGUGCGAACAUCGCGAUCGUGCAGGAUCCCGGAAGCUGGUGAUAACGCUUUCCGGUUGUCCUCGGGACUCUGCCCGAAGUCCCUUAUCGCCUGUAUCACCAAUCGCGUCUACUUCCAGUUAG